UGAACCACCACGUGGAGAAUGAACAGCUUUGGGCAGAUCCUAUCGGCCAUUGGGGAGUUCGGGACCUUUCAGAAGCGCUUGCUGGUGGCAAUAUGCAUUCCCAACAUCUUCACCGCGUUUCACAUGUUUGGCCAGGUGUUCACAGGCCUCAAAAUGCCACAUCACUGCAACACCAACUGGAUCCUGGGACCAGGACCCAAUCUGUCUCAGGACGAGCAAAAGAACCUUACCCUCCCAGUGGACCAAGAUGGAGCCUAUGACAGCUGUCUGAUGUUCAAGCCAGUGGACUGGGACUUGGAGUCCAUUAAAACCUAUGGGAUCAACAGCACCUCUACAUGCAUAGAUGGAUGGGUGUAUGAGACACCCCCAAGAACCACCACACUGGUGACUGAGUUUGACCUGGUGUGUGACAACAGAGCUCUGAACGAAGCCUCACAAUCCAUCUACAUGGCGGGGCUUCUCAUUGGAGCCCUGGUGUUUGGGACAAUGGCAGACAAGUUUGGUCGCCGGACAGUGAUCCUGUUGUCGUUGCUUCUGCAGUUUCUGUUCGGGGUGGCAGCUGCCCUGUCACCCAACAUCUAUGUCUACAUUGCCUUCAGAUUUGUGGUUGGCAUGACAAUAUCUGGGAUUUCCAUCAACACAUUUGUUCUGGGGACUGAGUGGUGUGGCACCUCCAAGCGAUCCUUCUUCACCAUCUUCUCCCAUGGCUUCUUCGCCGUGGGUCUCAUGCUUCUCUCGGGCAUUGCCUACGGAGUGCGGGACUGGCGAACACUGCAGCUGGUGCUCUCUGCUCCUGUCCUGGCUCUUGGCAUCUACUACUGGAUUCUCCCAGAAUCGGCACGCUGGCUCCUGACACAGGGCAAGCAGGAGGAGGCCAAGGCAGUGAUCCUGAAGGCAGCACAAGCCAAUGAGAGAGAGGUGCCAGCUGGGCUUCUGGACAAGAUGGAAGCUGAGAAAGAAACCAAGACAGGCAAUAUGCUGGAUCUCUUCAGAAUUCCCUACCUGAGGAAGCGUGCUCUUGCUAUGAGCUAUGUUUGGUUUGUGACCAGCCUGGUAUAUUAUGGACUGAGCCUGAAUGUGGGCAAUUUUGGCCUUGAUGUUUAUCUCACACAGUUCAUCUUUGGUCUGGCUGAGCUACCAGCUCGCCUGGGGUGCAUCCCCAUGCUUGAACGCUUUGGAAGGAGAAACUGCCAAUGUGUUUUCCUGGUCUUUGGUGGGACGGCUUGUCUGAGCAUUCUGGCAGUUCCAGAGGACCUGCCGGUGGUGGUGACAGUCAUUGCCGUACUUGGGAAGUUUACCCUUGCAGCCUCAUUCUCCGUUGCAUAUGUGUACUCUGCUGAACUGUACCCAACAGUCGUACGGCAAAAUGGAGUGGGUUUGAACUCCAUGUGUGCCCGGGUGGCAGGUAUUGUGGCCCCUUUGGUCCGACUCUUGGAGGUCUAUCACAAAGCCAUUCCCAUGGUCAUUUAUGGAGUGUUCCCAUUGGCUGGUGGUGGGAUGUGCUUCCUGCUGCCUGAGACACUGAAUACAGAACUGACAGAUCACACAGAUCCCCUCAUGGGAAAUAUCAAGCCCUCUGAAAAAAGAAGUACUGAAAAUGAACACAAUCACAUUCAACAAGACAGCACAGCACAAGAGAAGAGCACUAAAUUAUAA